CUUUUUCUUUUGUUCGCAGGCUCGUGGAACACCCGCUAUGUUUGUGAGUUUUUGUGGUUAACUCCACCCCUUCACCCUUGCCUCUUUUAGUCAAUAGUUAGUCACUACUAGACGCUGUUCGGACGCACAGGUGUGUGGCUGAUGAUGGAUUUAAAGGAUAAAGUUGCUGUAGUGACGGGAGCAGCUCAGGGUUUGGGCAGAAGCUUUGUCGAAAUACUUCUGAAAAAUGGGUCAAAGGUGGCUUUAAUUGAUGUGAAUAAAUCAGUGGGAAAUGAAUUGAAGACCACACUUGAUGAGGAGUACGGACGUGACAGAGCUGAAUUUUAUGCUGCCGAUGUCUCAUCAGAGGAAGAUUUUAAAGGAGUUUUUGAAAAAAUUGUAGAAAAGUUUGGCCACAUAGACAUUAUGUGCAACAAUGCAGGGAUCAUCAAUGAAAAGGACUGGGAGAAGACCAUUGCAAUAAACCUGGGUGGAGUGGUCAGGGGAACAUAUCUUGCUCUAGAACAUAUGAAGAAGGAAAAUGGUGGUAAUGGAGGAGUCAUUGUCAACAUUGCAUCUAUGGCAGGUCUGGGGCCUUUGCCAAUGGCGCCCAUCUACACAGCAACUAAACAUGGCGUGGUGGGAUUUAGCCGUGCCAUGGCAGCCGUUUCCAAGUUGGUUGACUAUGGGGUGAGAAUCAACAUCCUCUGUCCGUGGUUUGUGAAGACCAGUCUUCUGUCCUUCUUGAGUUCAGAAGAGCAUACUGGAAAUUUUUUUCCAUUGAAGAGUUUUACGGAGAUGAUGUUGGAGAACCGCGGCUGUCUGGAGGUUGAUGCUGUUGCCAAGGCCUUUCUUGUUCUUGUGAAAGAUGAGAGCAAGAAUGGAGAAGUUCUGAUGAUUGAUCCUGAGGGUGCCGCUUUUGUCUCCUUUCCUCAACGGAGCAAAGACUUUCCAUCUACUCCAGUCAGUCUAUAGUAGCCAAUCAGCUUCUUCCUCUGACACUGGCGUACCUGUCUGAGCCCCUGCUUAAAUGGAUAGGUUUUAAUUUGGGAUUAAAGCUUUUGCCAGAGCUGAGAACUUCUACUAAGAAUGGCCUUAUAAAAAUAUCAUUUUGACUAAAUCAGCCAGUAUAAAGAUUAGCUAAAAACUAUAAGAUCUGAUUUAUUCUUUGGUGCUUUUUUUUUUUUUGAUUGUUACAACCAUGAAUUUCAGCAUUUCCUUUGGUAUACAUUUGCUUUUAUAGAAGCAUAUACUUGAACUGAUGAUAGAUAUAUAUAUAAAACACAUUUUUGUUAAUUUACCUCAAUCACAAAAUACUUUUUAAAUAUGUAGUUCUCUUUUAAAAUGUAGGUAUUUUCAGUAAAUAAGCUACUUUGUGUAAUAUAAUGGUUGUGUUGAAAGUUAGAAUUUCACCCGAGGAAAACCAAUCUCUUAGAAAAAUGAAUAACAUGCAUCCUUAACUUGGACAUAUUGGAUUUUUAGCACAAAAGGUGCUGAACAAGUUAAAUACUUAAGUUUGAUAAUUAAAUUAGCAGUUUAUAAAAACAAGCAGCAGUAAAUAAAAAAAAUGAAAUAAUAAA